AUGCAAUCACCAACUAUACUUGCAGAGGAGAACAGAAAGCUUCGUAUAGCUAGUUACCCAAUUCGCGAGCACGCUACAUGCCUCAGCACUUUUCUGCACGACGUACUGCACCUCAUCAAGCGCACCAGCAGCCAAUCCAUGCCAACAGACAUCGUCAGCGACAUCAUUCGCGGCUCACUGACGUUCGUCCUGAAGAUGCAGCACACGCCCAACCUGAGCGCUCUUAGCGACGCCCUCCGCGUCGCCCAGACCAAGGCCAAGGCUACAGCAGAACACACGGCGCAGGCCCUCAACGUAAUCAAGAGUGAACUCAAGAACACUGUAGAACUCGUUCAGCAGUCAGCAGCGAACAUACAACAGAAUGGCAACACGGCAGAGGAGGCGAGGGCAGCAGCCAAGGAUGCUACAGAGGUGGGUAAAGCGACGUUGGAGGUUGCGAGAGAGAUUAGGAACAAGAGACCGCAAGAGCAGGCGAACAGACCCAUGAGCUACGCUGCAGCGGCAGCCAGGGGCAUCCCACUAGCAGCUACAUACAAUGCACAAAGCGUCAAACAACCAUCUGCGCAGACACAGCGUGAGGUCAUCAUGAACAUCAGAGACCCGCUCACCGUACAGAGCCUGCGGGCUAUGAACCCCAGCAACCUCAAACUACAUGUCCAGCGUGCCAUCAAGCAGAGCGGCAAUGAAAACAUAGCAAGCACAGCAAGCAUCAAGACAGCAAGCAGCAGUGAGGUUGAGGCGCUGCGACAGUUCGCGGACAACUGGGCCCACCGCAUCGGCAGUGGGACUACAGUGCAGAUCCCGACGUUCGGCGUCCUGGCUCACGGCAUACGCACAAGCACAAUGGACAUGAGCAAGCUCAACAAGAUCAGAGCACAGAUUCUGCAGGACAAUCGGCCGUUCAUACCUCGGGCUAAGAUAAGACACAUAAGCUGGCUGACCAGAGACGCGUCUGCCAAGACAGCAUCAACCAUCACCAUUGAGUUCACCAAGCCAGAGGACGCCAACAAGAUCAUCGACGAGGGCCUGAUCUGGCAUGGAACCCAGUGCAAGGCAGCAACAGCAUGUGGCCACUGUGCGCAGGAACACGACACCCGGGACUGCCCAUCAAGGGCCGGACAAACCAUAGCCAGGAAGUGUGCCGCCUGCCGCGGCGAGCACGAAGCAUGGAGCCGCCAGUGCCCCACCAGGAAGGACGAGAUGGCCAAGGCGAGGGCCGCGUACGAGAUGCGACCGCGCUACCAUCACGUUUCGCAAACGGCCGGACAACACGCGCAACUUGAUAUACCAACAUCUACAAUCCGCAGGAGAAGGCCCAGCCAACCGGCUGCGGCCUCGCAACCGACGCAGCUUGCCAGGAAUCGUUCGCAAACCGGACGAGGACAGAAGAGGACCAACACCGGAACCAAUAUCGACACAAUGGAUCAGGAGACCCCAUCGACACAAGUAAGCGCGAGCCAGAGGCCGCAUCGACAGAUCGUACCCAGCAGACGAGCUCUGGAAGCGACUGGCAACAGCACCCGCGCGAUACAGAACCACAGCAGCCAUCACAUGGAGAUCGACUCCAAUAACGAUGCAUGA